GUCACUCAGUCAGCUGGCGCUGAAGUGAACGAUCGACUCGUCUAAAACGUUAGGAGUUUGAGCCAGAUUUGGCUUCGUCUUAGCCCACUUUAACGCUAGCAUGGUGAAGGAACUUAUCGAGACGGAUGUCGUCGUCAUCGGAGCAGGGAUAAGUGGUUUGUGUGCUGCCAAGCUCCUCCAUGAGACUGGAUUGGAUGUUCAAGUUCUGGAGGCCAGGGACAGGGUUGGAGGAAGGACCUUUACUGCCAGGGACCCCAGUUAUGGGUAUGUUGACUUGGGAGGAGCGUAUGUGGGCCCCACACAGGACAGAAUCCUGCGCAUUGCAAAGGAACUGGACUUGAAACUCUACAAGGUCAAUGAAAAGGAGAGAAUAGUGAGCUACUUCAAGGGAGUACAGCGAGCUGUUAGCAACCCUGAUGACCCCUCGUCCCUGUCAAGCAACCCACUGGACCUUUUUGAUGUAAACAGCUGCUUGCUGAAAAUAGAGGAUUUCUCCAAACAGGUCCCACCUGACGCUCCCUGGAAAGCACCAAGGGCUAAAGAAUGGGACAGUAUGACAGUCAAGGAGUUCAUGGACAAGGAGUGCUGGACAAGCCGAGCCAGGACCCUGGUAGGUCUGAUUGUGGCUGCCAUCUACUGCUGUGAGCCCCACGAGAUCUCGUUCCUGUUCUUCCUGACCUACCUGGCUUCUGGGCAGGGCCUCAGGAGAAUGCUCAGCACCACUAAUGGAGCUCAGGAGAACAAAUUUGUGGGUGGUUCUAUGCAAGUGAGUGAGAAGAUUGCAGCGUUGCUUGGAAACAGAGUUGUUCUGUCCAGCCCUGUCAUGAGGAUAGAACAGGAGGAGACAGUUACCAUGGUGACCACACACAGUGGACAGCAGUACAGAGCCAAAUACGUCAUCAGUGCUGUACCACCACCCCUUCUGCACAGAAUCCUAUUUGAACCUCCACUUCCGGACUUGAAAAUACAGAUGGUACAGAGGAUGCCCAUGGGAUCUAUCAUCAAAACCAUCACAUACUACAAAACAGCAUUCUGGAAGGAGAAAGGUUUUUGUGGUUCAGCAAUGUCGGACAAGGGGCCGAUCAAUGCAUGCUUUGAUGACACAAAACCAGACGGCACCCAUCCUGCAAUCAUGGGUUUCAUCUUGUCUACACAUGCCAGAGAACUGUGUGAGAUGUCCACUGAGCAAAGGAAACAGGCAGUGUCUGAACACUAUGCGGAAGUUUUCCAGUGUCCAGAGUUCCUUCAUCCUGUGAACUAUGUAGAACAGAACUGGAUGGCGGAAACCUUUUCCGGGGGCUGCUAUGUCGCUACUUUAGGACCUGGAGUGCUGACCAGCUUUGGCAGAGAGCUACGUAAGCCCUUUGGCUGUGUGUACUUUGCUGGUUCAGAGACUGCUGUGAAGUGGGGAGGGUACAUGGAUGGGGCUGUGGAGGCUGGAGAAAGAGCUGCAAGAGAGAUUUUGCAUGCCAUGGGAAAGAUAUCUGCAGACCAGAUCUGGCAGGAGGAACCUCCCAGCAUUGACGUCCCGCCCACCCCCGUUAGAGUCGAUCCACUGGAGAAAUACCUCCCGUCCGUUCCACAGCUGCUGUAUUUCCUGUUGGCCUUUGUUGUGCUGCUGGUGGCUGUACUGUGUGUCUAUCUGGUGUAA